AUGGAGGCCCUGGUGGCGGCGCGGUCACAGAUGCCACUGGUGGAUCGGCUGGCGAGGCUUGGCCAGAUGGGAAUUGGUGGUUCGAAGGUGAGGAGGCUCUGGGUGAAGGCAGUGGCCGCCAGUGAUCGCGGCGCAGUGGAGAGGGAACCAGGAGGCUAUUCGCGGUUAGGGAUUCGAUUGGGGAAAUCAGGCGUGAUUCGCGGUUAG